ACAAACUAAUAUUUGUAUAGGAAUAAUAGAUAAAGUGGACUAUUGAUUUACUUAAAUAAAAUAUUUAACAAUGAAAUGAUGUCAAUAAUUGUAUCAGGAGACUUUACAUAAGUAUCAGAAACAAAAAAAGCUUGUAGACGUAACAAAUUGGCUAAGGACUUACCGCUAACGUCAGGAUCUAAAUUGACAGACAUUCGGUAAUUCUAUUUGAGUUAGUUUUGUAGUGUUCAUACUAAUAUAGUUCUGCUGGUUUUAGUUUAUAAUUUGCCGUACGCCGUUCGCCUUGUGUUCUAUACAAUGGCGAAUAAUAAUAUGGCAGCCACAAGCAAAUUUGCACUGCCUUUAAGCAGUGAAGAUAACGUGGAUGUACUGGGCAUGAUCUACAGAUUCUUAAAAAAGGUGUCGAUAGUCGGUGCUGUAUACUUAGUGGGCUACAUGCAAUGGAGCGUGGCUUGGCUCUUCGGCCCCGUCGUGUUGUCAGUCAUCCGAGAUCAAUGGCGAAAAGAAACCGAAUAUCGUCGCAACGUCGCCAAGGCCGUUGCCUGCUCCUCCGAAAAAGAUAUCGUUCUGGCACGACUUGACGACCUUCCAGCCUGGGUUUUCUUCCCUGACAUAGAGCGCGCGGAAUGGUUAAACAGGAUAUUGUUACAAGUUUGGCCGAAUGUGAAUCACUAUGCCAGAACUAUAUUGAAGGAGUCGAUCGAGCCGGCGGUUGCUGUGAGCUUGGCUAAUUAUAAACUCAAUGGAUUCAGAUUCGAACGUAUGUUACUCGGCACAAUUGCACCUCGAGUUGGCGGUGUUAAAGUAUACGACAAAAAUCUCUCCAGAAAUGAAAUUAUUAUGGACAUUGACUUAUUUUACGCCGGCGACUGUGAUAUAUCUUUCGUUCUGCAAAGAAUCCGAGGAGGAAUAAAGGAUUUACAGAUUCACGGCAUGUUGCGUGUUGUCAUGAAGCCUCUGAUCACCAAAAUGCCACUAGUGGGGGGAAUGCAAGUGUUCUUCCUCAACAAACCCUCAAUUGACUUCAACCUUGUCGGUGCUGCCGAUAUAUUGGAUAUACCCGGCUUUAGUGAGAUCUUGCGUCGUUGUAUCGUGGAGCAAGUGUCAAGGAUCAUGGUGCUGCCGAACAAGCUGCCGAUCAAACUGAGCGACGAAAUACCCACUGUGGACCUGCGUAUGCCUGAACCUGAGGGUGUACUUCGUAUUCAUCUCGUCCAAGCUCAAAACUUAAUGAAAAAAGAUGUUUCUAUGUUAGGAAAGGGUAAGUCGGAUCCUUACGCCAUAAUAACCGUUGGCGCGCAACAAUGGAAGACUAAACACAUAGACAACGACGUCAAUCCACACUGGGACUUCUGGUGCGAGGGGAUAAUAAGCUCGCGGAAGAGCCAGGUGUUGCAGUGCGAGCUGUGGGACUGGGACCCGGGGAUGGGCAUACAGAACGAUGAUUAUCUAGGCAGGUGUUCCUUGGAAGUAUCUCAUGUGGUGCGCGCCGGGCGCAUGGAUACGUGGCAAACUCUCCAGCAAGCAAAACAUGGGAAGGUGCACCUUCGUCUCUCAUGGCAUAGACUUUCGACUGAUCUGACUGACCUUAGUCACGCUAUAACAGAAACGCAAUUGGUAAAGACCGGUGAACUCAGUUCGGCUGUGUUAUCCGUGUACAUUGAUUCUUGUAAGAAACUGCCGAAUGCAAGAACAGUUUCGCGGCCCGAUCCGUACCUCAUGGUGACGGUGGGCAAGAAGACUGAGAACACGGCGGUGCAGAUGCGUACCGACGAUCCAGUUUACGAGAUCGGAUAUUCAUUCCUCGUGCAGAACCCAGAAAUUGACCUCUUGGAAAUUAAAGCAGUGGAUCAGAAAACUGGCAGCCUCCUGGGACAACUGACGUUCAGCAUUCGAGCAUUACUAAGGGAGAAAGAUCUGUGCAUGCUGACACAGCCGAUAACGCUGCAGAAAUCCGGACCCGAGUCGAAAAUAAUCCUCGCUCUACAGUUGAAAAUAUUAAAAGAGGCAAUAAAGGAGGAAGAAAUAGAUGCGGAGUCGGUGUCAGAUAUGCCGAUGGCGCCGGAGCCUGUGGCGGUGUCCUCUCCGCUGCCUUACGCAGCCCCGCCCACACCGCCCACAGUACUGCCCGCCCCGCCCACAGCACUGCCCGCCCCGCCCACUGCACAGCCGGCCACGCCCCCGCCCACGCCCGCAGUCAUGGACUCCACAGACGCCGCGCAACCACCUCUAACAUUGAACGCGGAGUUGAAAAAAUUAGAGAACAAUUUGCAAGACAAUCAUUCAGACAAGUCUAUACCAGUGGAACAGAUCGAGAGAGCUGUUGAUGUUCCACAAGAGGAAAUGCCGUCUGGCAGAGAUUCGCCGAAACUGGUACAUCGUACAUCGUCUAUAACAACGUCGGCGGGCGAGGCGGGUCUAGGCCGCAUCCUGCUCUCGGUGCGCUACAGCAUGCAGCAUCAGACACUUUACGUUGUCGUACAUAAAAUUAUGAACAUACCUCUCAAGGACCUGACCAAUGUGCCCGAUCCUUAUGUCAAGUUAUACUUGUUGCCUGGACGCUCCAAGGACUCGAAGCGCAAGACUGCGGUAAUAAAGGACAACUGUAUGCCGGAGUAUGACGAACAAUUUGAAUGGGUGAUAUCCCAUGCGGAGCUGCACUCCAGGCAGAUUGAGGUCACCGUGGCCACACACAAAGGAUUCCUCGGGGGCAGUCCUAUCAUUGGACAGGUGAUUGUAAAUCUCAACCAGUAUGAUUUCCGCGAAGCGAAAACUUUGUGGUUCGACCUCAUGCCUGAAUUACCGGGUGUUUAGAGCUUAUUUUCUUAUAUUACGCUAUUAUUUAACUACUUUAAGUUUUGCAUAAGUUAAUGCUGCUUAUAGACAACAGAAUAAGCUAAACAUGUAUCAAUUAUUUAAAAAACUUUACAUACUUAUACAGUUCCAUCCAUUAUUCGAAUAUGUAAUCGAAGCUGAAAGAAUUGCACAGUAUUCUGAUAAUCUCAUGUCAUAACUUUAUACUUCCUAAUAUGAUCUGUAUACCUAAAAAUAGGAAUAAUUGCUAGCUUUUUAAAUGUGCUUUUAAUUUAUUUUUUUUAUGUGGCAAGGCAUGUUUCUGUAUGCAAUUAUGUUUUAAAUGAGAGAAGAUAACAAAAUGUUGUUUAUUGUAUACAAAGGUGUCCUUUUCUUGUUGUGUUC